CAUGCGGAGAAUAAAAUGGCGGAUGUAGUUGUUCCCACGAGUUUUGUAAAAAACUGGGAAAAACAUGGCCGAGAAGAAGUUUUUAAGCUUUGUAAGAACUGUUCCAAGGACCGAGAUGGUCGGUUGUCAGACUCGAGUUUUUUAUGCGGUGUUACAGAUUUAAAGAGGGUGGUCUAUGAGCUAUUAUGGCAUGUCAUUCGAGGAGACUUGAAGCCAGAAGACGCCUUGGCUGUAUUAGCAGAGAUCAAGGGACUUCAUGCAUCAAGUGUUUCAAUGAUGGCAGACUUAAUCUGCAUAAUGGAUGUAGAGAACCAAUGUUUUGAGGACAAGAUCUACAGGGACAGAUUCUUGUCACUAGUUGCUGCGUCUGUGAAUGUCAUCCCUGAAGUGCUGCUGAAAGAGAGGCUUGAUGUGGAGACGCUAGAUGCUCUUGGACUUAUCCAGUCACAGAAGGCUUUUAACCAAAAAUAUGUGAAAACCAAGACAAAGCUUUUCUAUAAACAACAGAAGUACAAUCUUCUUAGAGAGGAGAGUGAAGGAUACGCAAAGCUUAUUGUUGAACUGGCUCAGGAAAUUGGUGGUUAUGUCACUCAUUCAUCUGUCUUGAAAAACAUCAAGUCACUUAUUGGCCAGUUUCACUUGGACCCCAACAGGACUUUGGAUAUUAUUCUAGAAUGCUUUGAAUGUAACCUUGGCAAGGAGUCUUUCUUUCUUCCUCUACUGAAGUCCUACAUGGGAAAGAGUGGAACUGCUGCCCUCUUUCAAAUUUUAGGUUUUAAAUUCCAGUUUUAUAAGGACCAACCAGGUGCUUCUACCCCCUCUUCCUUAUUUCACUUGGCAGCUUUGCUUAUUAAGCAUGGAUUAGUAGAGUUAGAUGAUCUCUAUUUGCAUCUUAGCCCAUCUGACAGUGAAAUUGAAGCAUCAUGUAAAAAGACACUUAUAGAAGCCAAACAAGAAGCAAAGAAGAUGACCAGCACAAUCCUGUCCUUACUAGAAUCAGCUAAUAAUAAUGAGGAGGGCAAGGAAAAUGAUAAAGACAAAGAAAAUGAGAAGCCUGAGACUGCUCCAAAUAAUCAAAAGUUUGGUUUUUGUGAAGCAUUAAUCAUGGUUGGUGCUUGGGGAAGUGCAAAAUCAAUCAUGGAUAAGCUCCCUAAUUAUGCUACAGUUAGUCAUCAACCAAUUGCACAGGCUUUAUGCAAGCUUGUUCACUCUACAAUUGAACCACUUUAUAGGAGGCAUGCAUCUAAAGCAGCACGAGGCAGACCAUAUGCUCCAGUAUCAGGGGGUCCACAGCAAGUAUGCAACUACAAUGAUCUACUACGUGAUGUCUUCCCUAUGUUUAACUGUCUAGGGCCUUACCUUUCCUGUGAUCCUAUAUUAAUGGCUAAAAUACUUCGUGUUGGUAAAGGAUUCCUCAAAGAGCAUCCAUCAAUUUUUGAAGAGAAAGUCAACAGUUCAUUGGCACCAGAUAUUCAAAAUGUUUGGUGUGGUUUUCUUACUCUGGUUGAUGAAGUUCUUCUACCUUCUAUUUCUUUACUGGAAUGCAACUCUAGUUUAGCUGAGGAGCUAUGGGGUAUGCUUAAAUGCUACCCCUAUCAAGUCAGGUACAGACUCUAUGGACAAUGGAAAAAUGAAUCUUAUGAUAAAUAUAUGGAAUUGAUCAAAGUCAAAGCUGAGACUAUCAAAAAAGCUAAAUACAUCACCAAACGUCUUACAAGAGAGAAUGUCAAACCUUCUGGACGUCAAAUUGGUAAAAUCAGCCAUAGUAAUCCUGGAGUAGUCUUUGAAUAUCUUUUAACACAAAUCCAAAAGUAUGAUAAUUUCAUUGGUCCUGUAGUGGAUUCUCUCAAGUAUCUCACCCAGAUGGCAUAUGAUGUGCUAGCAUUCUGCAUAAUAGAAGCACUAGCAAACCCUGAAAAGGAAAGACUGAAGCUUGAAGACACAAACAUAUCAGAUUGGCUGAAGAGUUUGGCAGUGUUCUGUGGCACAGUCUUCAGGAAGUAUCCAAUUGAGUUGACUGGUCUCCUUCAAUAUGUAACCAAUCAGCUCAAAGCUGGUAAAAGUUUUGACCUACUUGUUCUCAAGGAGGUUGUACAGAAAAUGUCUGGCCUGGAGAUCUCUGAAGAAGUCACCAUGUCUCAACUGGAAGCUCUGUGUGGAGGAGAGCUGCUCAAGAAUGAGGGAGGUUAUUUUGGCCAGAUAAGAAACACUAAAAAGUCAUCGCAGAGGCUGCGUGAUGCAGUGGUAGAUGGAGCUCUUGCUCUUCCUCUUUGUAUCUUAAUGGCUCAGCAGAGGAAUGGUAUAGUGUUCUUUGAAGAUGAUACUAGACAUUUAAAGCUUGUUGGUAAACUAUAUGACCAGUGUCAAGACACUCUUGUCCAGUUCRGUGGUUUUCUAGCCAGUCAGAUGACAGCAGAUGAAUAUGAAGCUAACUUGCCAUCAUUAAGUGAUUUGGGACAAAAGUUUCAUCUAACUCCAGAGGUAGCAUUCUAUCUCUCAAGACCAAUGUUUCAGCAUCAAAUUGAGUUAAAAUUCAAUGAAUCUGUGAAAGCUUCAACCAAAGGAGACAAGCCUCCAUCACAGAAAGUGAUCUACCAACUCUAUACUGAUGCAGUUAACUCUGUCAUUGAGCCCAUCGUACAAAGUGCAAGACUUCUUCAGACACCCAAAGUCUGGAACAACAUCAGUCCACAGUUGUAUGUUACCUUUUGGUCUUUAUCAAUGUACAAUGUUCAUGUUCCUGUGGAGAGAUAUGAGGCAGAGAUACAACGAUUUAAAUCACAAAUAAUGCAACUAGAAGACAAUAAAGAAAUGGCUGCAAGUAAAAAGAAGAAGGACAAAGAGAGAUGGGUGCAGCUGAUUGACAAACURAAAAGUGAACAACGAGAACAAGAAGAAAAUAAUCAGUGUGUGAUGGCUUGGCUGAAGCAUGAACGUGAUUCUUGGUUUCCCUCUAAAUCCACCAAGAGUGAGACUAUAACCCAGUUCCUUCAGUUGUGCAUGUUCCCACGGUGUGUCUUCACUGCUAGUGAUGCAAUCUACUGUGCCAAGUUUGUACACACCCUGCACAACCUCAAGACCCCUAACUUCUCUACACUCCUUUGUUUUGAUAGGGUGUUUUCAGAUAUUUCGUACACAGUAGCAAGCUGUACUGAGAACGAAGCCAGCAGAUAUGGUCGCUUUCUUUGUUCUAUGCUUGAAAUUGUCAUGCGUUGGCAUGGUGACAAAAAGAUUUAUGAAAAGGAAUGUGGGAGUUACCCAGGGUUUGUGACAGURUUAAGAGCAACCAACACAGACAAGGCUGAUCAUCUAGAUUAUGAGAACUUCAGGCAUGUCUGCCAUAAAUGGCAGUACAAACUAACCAAGGCCUUGGUGGUAUGUCUUGAGUCCAAGGAUUACACACAGAUCAGAAAUACUAUAAUGGUAUUAACAAAGAUUCUGCCUUACUACCCCAAAGUUCUAAACCUUGGACUGGCCUUAGAAAGAAGAAUAGACAAGAUCUGUGAAGAAGAGAAAGAGAAAAGACAAGAUAUAUAUGCUUUAGCAAUGGGGUAA